AUGAUUCUUAAAGAUGGACUCUGCGCUAUGAGCUGGCCACCACGGGCCGCAAACUUCCUGCUCCUGUGUGUUUCUCUGGUGCUUCUCCAGGCAGGUGUUACGUCCUCGAAGAACACGCACUACUCGUGGAAAACAGGUCAGUGGGGCCGGUGUAAAGGAGAAGAAUGUGGCUCCAGUGGUGUUCAGAUGCGCAGUGUGUGGUGUGUUCACUCAGACGGCUGGCACACACACCACUCCAACUGCCAGCACUCUGUCAGGCCUGACACUCAGAGACCCUGCUUCAAAGUGUGUGAGUGGCAUCAGGAUCUGUUCGAAUGGGACGUGUCCGAGUGGACUUCCUGCUCUCUGACUCUGAAUUCUAAUGAACUGAGGACACGACCGCUGGCAUCCGAAUGCGUCACGGCGCAGCACGGCGUUCAGAGACGUUCUAUUCACUGUGUCCGUGUGUUGAACGGCACAUCUGUGUCCGAUCGGAUCUGCGAGUUCUUCUCUCCUCGACCGCCCCUGGAACAGGCAUGUCUGAUCCCAUGCCCUCUGGACUGUGUGGUGUCUGAUUUCUCAUCAUGGUCACGCUGUAGCAGAAUGUGUGGGGUCGGAUUGAGGCACCGGACACGCCAUGUUCUAGCAGCACCAGCGUAUGGAGGAGCCGGAUGCCCAAAUCUGAGCGAAACACAGCCGUGUGAACACUCAUUGCCGUGUCCAAUAGGUGAAGACAGGAACCUGUAUAGUCUGAAGGUGGGAGCAUGGAGUGAGUGUCGACAUCCACAGCAGAAAGAUGUAUUGAUGAAUGGAAGGACCACCCUGGAUUUUGGUGUUAAGGAGAGGAAUAUGGUGAAGAGACAUGUUCAAGGUGGCCAAUACCAACAUACACAUCAACACCACCAAUAUCAUCAAGAUCAAAAUCAGCAACAUCAACAUCACCAACACUACGAGGCAUCCAGGUCAUGGGAUGUGGAGAUCGGAUACCAGACGCGGCAGGUUCGCUGCAUGGCCAGUGAUGGAAAGAACUCCAUGCUGAGUCUGUGUUUGCGAGACAAUGCUCCUGCAACCUUCCGCUCCUGCGUCAUGCUCAGAGACUGCCAGAUGUCCGAUUGGUCCUCCUGGAGCUCGUGUUCGAAGACCUGCCAAUCAUCUGAUUUGUCUCCUGGUUACCGUGUAAGGAGUCGAACCGUUACUCAGCCCAGUGUUGGGCGAGGACGAGAAUGCCCCACCCUCCAGGAGAAGGAGGCCUGCAAUAUUAUCGGGGAUUUGCUUCCCAAGUGCCCCAGGUACGAGUGGAGGAGUACAGACUGGAGUGAGUGUCGUAUCACUGCUCUCCUCAGCCAUCAGGAGAAGAGAGCAGUGAACAUCAGCGCUCUGUGUGGAGGAGGAGUACAGAGCAGAGAGACGUACUGCGUUCAGGUUCAGGACGAGAUGACAUCGCGACACAGGAGAGACGUCUCUCGGCCGGUCAGUGUGAGUCUGUGUGAGGAUACACUCGUCCCCUCCUCUGUCCGUUCCUGCUCUCUGUCCUGCUCUCGGUCAUGUCUGCUGUCCUUCUGGUCCUCCUGGGGUUCCUGCCUGCCUGAAGACUGCACCCAGGGGAGGAGAGGCUACAGAGAGAGGAGAAGGCGAGUGCUGGGAGAAGGAUCUGGAAGCUCAAAGGACUGUGGUCACCUGGUGGAGUUCAUUCCCUGUGAAGAUCCUGUGUGUUUCCAGUGGCGGGUUGAGGACGGUGGAGUGUGCAUGCCUAACGAGGGGACUUGUGGCUCCGGCAGCAGACGUCAAACCAUGGCUUGCUUCAACUCUGAAGGUGUGGCUGUGGAGGCGGGACUUUGUGUGGAAACCCCGCCCCCUGCGGAGGUAGCCUGUGAAGUGGCCUGUCCUGCUGACUGUGUGAUCAGCUCCUGGUCUGAUUGGUCUCCGUGUUCUCAGACCUGUGUCAAGAAGAACACAGAGGGCAGGCAGAGUCGCUCAUGCACCGUUCUCGCUUUACCUGGGGAAGGUGGUAAAUCGUGUCCUCCCGCCCCGUCUCUGGAGGAGUGGAGAUCCUGUAACAAUAAUCCGUGUGUGGUGUUUUAUUGGGAAGUGGCUUCAUGGGGUCCGUGUCUCCCCGAUUCGUCCGUCUCUCUGAACAGAAGCGACGUUGGCAAUGACACAUCGAGGUGCUCAGUGGGACUUCAGACACGCAAAGUUACCUGCAUGAAGAUCAAUGGAGGAGCUGUCACUGCAAAACGAUGUCCUGACUCAGCGAGACCGGACUCGGUGCAGUCGUGUGUGUUACCGUGUAAGACAGACUGUGUGGUGACUCUAUUCAGUGAAUGGACAGCCUGCCCCAACACCUGCCUACCUGCUAACGCGACCACACCCACCCAGUCACGCUACAGGAUGUUGGUCCAGCGAGCAGCCAACGGGGGUCAGGAGUGUCCCGAUACGAUGUUCGAGGAGAGGGAGUGUGAACCACUUCCUGUGUGUCCCACCUACAGGUGGAGGACACACAAAUGGCAGACGUGUACACUGGUGCCAGAUUCAGUCCGACAGGGAACGAUGGGAGUGCGGGAAGCGUGUGGAAGAGGCCUGGAGAAGAGAGCACUGAGCUGUGUGGAUGAGAAUGAUGAGCUGGUGGGUGUGUCAGAGUGUUUGCAGUGGGCGGGGCCAAUGCCACCUCAAGUGCGGAGCUGCUGGAUUUCCUGUAAAGACGACUGCACCUUCAGCCCCUGGUCCAAAUUUACAGAGUGUUCAGGCUGUGAGGGGACACGCACCCGCAAACGCAGUGUCACAGGGCGGAGCAGGAAGCGGGAGCGCUGUCUGAAGGAGGACCUGUAUCCACUGGUGGAAUCUGAGCAAUGUGUGUGUGAUGAAUUGAUCUCAGAGCCAUGGGGGAACUGGUCAGUGUGCAUCCUGCCUAAUGCCCCAUUCCCUCUCUUGCCACAUGGAUGGAGGAGGGAGAAGGAAGUACGUGAGUGUGGAGAGGGAAAACGAUACCAUGCAAUGGCCUGCCUUGACCAGAGGGGACGCCUCCUUGACCCAUCUCACUGUGCUGAGACAGAGCUGCUGGAGGAAACAUGUUCCAUCCCCUGUCCCCUGGACUGUCGUCUUAGCUCCUGGUCCCCCUGGUCCCUCUGCAGUGUGUCCUGUGGCAGUGGACUGAAAGUUCGUUCCAGAUGGCUGCGGGAGAAACCAUUUAACGGGGGACGGCCCUGUCCCAAGCUUGACCUCAAGAAUCAGGCUCAGGUGUCUGAGGUCGUGCCGUGUCGGGGUGAGUGUGCAGUGUAUCAGUGGGUCACCGAGCCGUGGUCCUUCUGCUCCAUCAACACCGUGGAUGAAGGGAGCACAUGUGGAGAGGGAGUGCAGAGCCGCAAGAUCCGGUGUGUAGUGCGUGGUGAUGGUGUUAAUGGGAGUCGCAGUGUCAAUGACUCCCUGUGUGAUCAGGACGAUGUUCCUGCUCAGGCUCGUACCUGCACACUGCCGUGUCCUGAUGACUGUGUAAUGUCACCCUGGAGUCACUGGAGUUCGUGUCCCAUGUCAUGUGAUGUGAACUCUGUGAGGACGAGGACAAGACAGAUGCUCCGCCCCCCCACCGCCCACACCACCUGUCCCGAGAGAAAUGAGACGGAGCCGUGCGCCCUUAACACCAACUGUUUCACCUACCGGUACAACAUCUCUGGUUGGAGUAGCUGCAUGCUGAGUGAGCAUGCUGUGUGUGGUGAGGGGACCAGGACUCGGCUGCUUGACUGUAUUCGCAGUGACAGCAAACUGGCAUAUCUGAGUGUGUGUGAGGAGUUGGGACUUCCUCAGCCUUGGACACUCAGUGAAACCUGCCAUGUGGAUUGUCCCAUCAGCUGCAUGCUCUCUGAAUGGACACAGUGGACCGAGUGCUCACACACCUGUGGAAACCAGGGUGUGAUGAGCAGAUCUCGACGUGUCCUCCAGGAAGCUCACGAGGAAGGUCGUCCCUGUCCGUCCCAACUCUCGCAGACUAAACCGUGUCCCAUCAGGCCUUGCUACAGCUGGCUGCUGGGGGACUGGUCAUCCUGCUACGUGGAGGAUGCUGAGUGCGGGGACGGUGUGAGACACAGGAACAUAUCGUGUGUUGUACACUGGGGUCAUUGGCCCGAAUCGGCUGGCCCGAGACAUGAUAUCCAUGCCCCAGCUGUCCUGGUGGAAGACGAGAAAUGCAACGAACACUUCAGGACACAGAACAAAGAGGAACUGCAGCAGUCAUGCUUCGUUCCCUGCCCAGGUGACUGUCACCUGACAGACUGGUCAUCGUGGAGCUCGUGUCAGCUGACAUGUGUGGAAGGGCGGAGUUUUGAGGUCGAAGGUCAUCGGGCACGCUCACGAGCUGUUAUCAUCCAGACGCUAGAGAACCAGGAGAGCUGCCCAAAUCAGGAAAUUGAGACACGGCUGUGUAAAGGAGGGAAGUGCCACAGCUACGAGUGGAAGACAAGUGCGUGGCAUGACAACCUGAGGGAGGUGUGGUGUCAGCGCUCAGAUGGAGUCAACGUCACAGGUGGAUGUUUUGCCGUGAACAAGCCGACGACCGUGCGUCACUGCCAUCCUCCCUGCACCAAACCCUUCUCGCACUGCAAACAGAGUGGAGUGUGUGGCUGUGAGAAAGGCUACACGGAGGUGAUGAACACACAUGGAUUCUUGGAUUACUGCACCAGGACACCAGGGGGCACCGGAGACACCAGGAAGGCUGAUGUGAAGAGCAGCUCGGGGAGGGUGAAGCCAGGUCCAUCCCAAAUCCACGACUUCUUCGGCGAGUGGUCACUACAGGCCCUCAGCCCAGAUGGACGGAUAAAGAUGUGGGUGUAUGGAGCCACAGCCGGAGGCUUCAUCCUGAUCCUCUUCAUCAUCACUGUGUCCUUCCUCUUCUGCAGUCGACCAGUUAAACAGAGUAAUUCCCCUCCACUGCAGAAAGCACUGUCUCUGGCCUACGAUGGAGACGUGGACAUGUGACAGACCCUUCAAAGAACCAGGAGCUGACCCCGGACCACAGGGAGCAUCUCAGAUUGGGAGAUCUUCAUUAAUCCCCGAGAAUGGAGAGAAAUUCGGAACAAAGUGUGUUUUCAUAACCUUUAGUUUUAACAUUUGACCAGGACGAGCCUUUAUAAUGGAGCAGGGGAUCUCGGGUAUGCUCUCACCAUGUGGAUCUGUAUCACUGGGGGGACAAAAAAAACAUGAAGAAAAAAAUUGGAAGCGCUUCAGUCUCUAUUUGCCCAAAAGAACAAAGAGUAACUGACUGAUGAGGAAACAAAACACAACAAACUACUACACUACUAUGCACUAUAUUAGUGCUUUCUUCAAUUAUUAUUUUUUCAAGCUGGUUUUUAGUGUGUUUUGUUUUUCAUCGUGAUGCAGCCGGAGUUUUCAUCAUGUGAUAUAUAUGAAUGUGUACACGCAGGCCUGAUCUUCAUCUUCUACAAAAACCAAAAGAGAUUGUUGCAUCAGCCCAAGCUCUGAUCUUUGACCCUUAGACCUAUAGUUUGUACCCUCUAGCACCAGCAGUUGAACCUCAUCACUCAUCUGAAGCAUUAAAAUUGGCGCCUCUAAAUAAUU